AUGCCUUUAAAUAUUAGAGCCAAGCCCUCGCAGAGCAAGCUGUCUGCUGGCCCAAAGAGUAGUGGGCACACUGAUGGUAGCACAUCUCAUUCACGCUUCACAAAGUCCCCUAAACAAGGGAGAGGCAAACAGGCUGUAAGCUCAGCACCAGGCUCCCGCUCAGGUCUAGAACCAGGCUCUGUGUCAGGGGGUGUGCCUGCACCAGCGUCUAAAUUGACAGGAGGUCAAGGGUCGGUCUCGAGGCCAGGUUCAAAGAGCAGACCUGCCACAGCAGCAGACAAAGCAGCAGCUCAUGGUUCAGCGACAGCACCUGGGGGUAAAACCCUCUCUAUGGAGAAUAUCCAGUCUUUGAGUGCUGCCUAUGCCACUUCAGGCACCAUGUACCCCAGUGAGCGGGAUUCCUUGGAACCCUCUGGUGGGUAUCCCAAAGGCACCAUGACGCUGGGCAGGAGCACUAGCCGUUCCUCCCACACUGGCCGGGCAACAGCCAUGGGUAGCAGCCCAAACAUCACCUCCUCUGGGCUGCAUCACCCAUCAGACCCCUAUGGCGACCAAACCUUGCAUUCUGCAGGGACUUCCAGUCUGCGGCGCCAUUCAGGGAGACAGCCACAAACACUGGAUUCAGCUGGACGGCGAGAGGUUUCCACAUUUGAUCUCCAGGCUCAGCUGAGGGACCUGCAGAGGGAGAAUGACAACCUGAGGAGGGAACUAGAUGGAGGGAGGGAUGGGAGGAUAGGCCCCAGCGUGAACAGUGUCAAUUUCUGGAGCCCAGAUGUAAAGAGAGACAAGGGGGUUAGGCGGGAGGAGGGAAUGAGGACCUCAGUUCUGAAAGACCAAUACAGGACGAACCAAGAGGAUUUGCAGCAUGGGGAUAUGAGAAGAAACAAGCAGCUUCCGUUAACAGUUCAGGAGCUUCAGGAGGAGCUGAGGGCUCACAGGGAGAUGAACAGUCGUUUGCAGCAACAACGGCAACAGGGGAACUCUGGCUCCUACCGGGAACUUCAUAUGGACCAGGACCACAGAGGGGGACUCAGUCCUGGCCACAGCCCUAGACAAAGCCCAAGCAACCUGCACAGUCCUGGACCGAAGAACAGUCCCAGAGCCAGCCCAUCCAACACCUACAAUCCAAGGCAACAGGAAGCUGACAUCAUCAUUCACAGCCCCGGGUAUGCCUGUAACACUGCAGUAGCGACGCAAAGAAUCAGCCCGGGCAACACCCUUCAGCCUGGGCCAAGGAAAAGCCCAAAUCAGCCUCUCUACAGUCCCAGUCAAGGUCCGGUAACAGUGCCCAGCUCUAGUUCCCUUCGGCCCUGCAGCCCCUGCCAGGUGCCUGGGUGUGACGGCUUCUCCUCGCCCCCUCCUCUGGAUCCGUCAGAGGAGAAUUUCUUUCGGCUGCAGUCAGAGCACGAGCGGCAGGCCAAGGAGCUGGUCCUGCUGAGGAAGACCAUGGAAGAGAUGGAGAUGAGAAUAGACUCUCAGAAGCAGACGCUGGGCGCCCGGGACGAGAGCAUCCAGAGGCUGCUGGAGAUGCUUCAGGGCCAAGGUCAAGGUCAGGGACACUGGGGUCUGGGACAGAGGACAGGCAUCAUUACCGUGGCAGCGCAGGAGGCUGAAGCACAGCUGGAGAACAUGCAUGUGAGAGAGGACAGCAAAAUCUCAUCCCUGGAGAGGAACAUCAGAGACUUAGAGGAUGAGGUCCAGAUGUUAAAGACCAGCGGCCUGCUGCACCCUGACGACAGGCAGGAUGAGGUCAAGCAGGUGGAGGUCUACAGGAGCCAUUCUAAAUUCAUGAAAACUAAGAUAGAGCAGCUGAAACAGGAGCUGAACAGAAAGGAGUCAGAGAUGCAGGCCCUGCAGACCAAACUAGAAACAUUGACCAAUCAGAACUCAGACUGCAAGCAACACAUCGAGGUGCUAAAGGAAUCGCUCAGCGCCAAGGAGCAACGCGCCAGUACACUGCAGACAGAGGUAGAUGCUCUGCGGGUGCGUCUGGAGGAGAAGGAGCAGUUCUUGACCAAGAAGACUAAGCAGCUGCAGGACCUGACUGAUGAAAAGAGCACGCUAACAGGAGAGAUCAGAGACAUGAAGGACAUGCUGGAUGUCAAGGAAAGGAAGGUUAAUGUCCUGCAGAAAAAGAUUGAGAACCUGUUGGAGCAGUUAAAAGAUAAAGACAAACAGCUGGCUGGGUUGAGGGAAAGGGUUCAGGGCCUCCAAACUGACUCCAGCAAUACAGACACAGCCCUGGCCACACUGGAGGAGGCGCUAUCAGAAAAGGAGCGAGUGAUUGAGAACCUCCGGGAGCAGAAAGAGCGGGAGGAAAGGGUUCGGCAGGAGGAGCUGGAGCAGAUGCGGAAGGAGAACCAGGAAUUAAAGGACAAACUGUCAGCCCUGCAGCCCCAAAAAGUGUCCCACAGCCUAGCAACCAACCCCAGCCCGACCCAGAACCAGAGACCUGAUGAAGAGGUGCCAGCCAAAGUAGAUGGGCUACCAGCAGUAAGCCCCACAACCCAAAACACGGACGAAGCAGUCAGGAAGUGUCCAGACAUCACAGAUCGUCUGAGGCUUCUGGAGCAGGAAGUGGCUCGCUACAGAGAGGAAUCUGGGAAGUCACAAGCCGAGGUGGAGAGGCUAAUGGCUGCUCUGAGGGACACUGAGAUGGACAAAUCGUGCAAGGAGAAGAAAAUUGCUGAUCUUGAGAGGUAAGGGCAAAUCAAGUCUCCUAACAUCCAGAAGCAGAUGGUUCCGGGUGAGAUGAGGAAAGAUGCCCUGACUGACGGACAUCCGCACUCUUUAUCACAGCUGUGUCCUUCCCAGGAUGCCAUGCAGGAGACAGCGGAGCGGAUCAGGGAGUUGGAGAUGGCACUGAGGGAGAGCAUGAACACAUCCGCUCAUAGGGAGGCUCUCUGGGCGCAAGAGGAGGCUGCCCGUGUUCAGGCCCAGAGAGAGCUGGAGGAGCUGAUGGGAGCUUUGGAGAAGACGCGACAAGAGCUGGACGCCACCAAACUCCAUCUGUCCUCCACUCAGCAGUCCCUGCAUGAAAGAGAUGGACACCUCAACAGUCUGCGCCAGGAGAGACGCAGACAGCUGGAGGAGAUUCUGGAGAUGAAGCAGCAGGCUUUGCUGGCAGCCAUCAGUGAGAAGGAUGCUAACAUUGCACUGCUUGAGUUAUCCUCCUCCAAACGGAAGAAAACCCAAGAGGAGGUGAUGGCUCUGAAGAGGGAGAAAGACAGGCUCAUGCACCAGCUCAAACAGCAGACUCAGAGCAGAAUGAAGCUGAUAGCGGAUAACUACGAGGAAGAUCACAUCCACCCCAAACAUAAUCCUCACCACUUGCAUCCAGCAAACGUGCAUCACCGAAGCCUGCAAAGAGGACCCCCCCAUGCUAACCACCGACCCCCUAUGGACCAGGAUGAUGAAGAGGGAAUAUGGGCAUGAUGACCACCACCAUGGGAACCCUGCAUCUAUUGUUCACACUGCUCCACAGCCAAGUACCAAGAGGUUUGAGAGCUUCAACUGCAUGCAUACACACUCAACCGGCCAUACCUCCCCUACAUCAUGACCAGACAUACAUAUAAACCCACAAUUUCAAGAUCAGUUUUCAGUUGGUCAGAAUUUUUCCAUCUUACCGAUGAAUGUUACCUUCACUGAUGUGCACAGUGGCCCACUGAGGACCACGGCCCACUGUGGGUGAACGUCCCCACCAGAGCAUCAGUCAUCAGUGCUCAGCUUCAAGGUAUUGGCAAGGGGGUCCACUGCCUUGAUUUCCCUAGCUGUUUCCAACAGACUAGGAGCUGGAUUCAUUUUACAGUACCACGGUGCUACAGAGUUCUGGCUUCACUUCAACUGACAGUAAACACUGCCGACUACUAGUGUGGCUAAGCUGAGCCAGUGGAACUAGCUGUAAACCCAUGCCAUUUGUCGACUGCUUCAUGAUGGCAUGAAUGUGCUUACUUCUGCAGCUAAAUAUCAGACUUUUGUAAAUUUCACAACAUGGACCUCAAAAUCCACAAUCCACAGAGACCUUCUCAAUGUACCGUGCCAAAAGAGACGUCCCUGUCUGCUGAAACAAAUUACUGAAAUGGGACUGCAUCUGAAUCAUUUGGGCUACCCAGUAAACCACCCUAGUUACUCAUUUUGUCUGACCAUCUCCCACUUCCUGCAGGGAGAUCAACAAGAAAAGGAAAAUUUGGGCUUGAAGAUGCCCCACAAAAACAGUUUGAGUAUCAGCUUACACCUUCUCUAAAAAUCAGGACCUUAAUUAACAGGGGAGGAAACACAGCUGACCUCAAAUCAAACAGAUUACUGUAAGAACAGUGUGUUUAUACAUUUCCCCUUGUGUUCUUUUAGCCUGCUGUGCAGUUGUUUAAUGAACCAAUAUCAUGUUCUGUUUGCUUUUCUACAUCCAAAAGAGUUUUGAGUGCCACUCUUCUUCUUCUUUUUUUGAAGUUGCAACAGCUGUGUGUGACUUAUUAUGCUGAUGAGUAAUGUAUCAUUUUGUUGUCUAUUUAUUGAUCCUGUGAAUCUGAGUGGCUAAUCUGUUUCUUAUGACGUGAAUUGCAUUUUAAAGCACUGUGUCAUUACUUUUUCUCACUAUACUGGAGGUGGUUGUGAGGUGACGAUUAUAAGAAGUAAUGUGUUUUAAUUCAACAGUGUUUCCAUUUGGCCCUUACCUAAUAUGUACAGUUUUUGUACAGUGUGCGUGUGUGUCUG